AUGAAUCCCAAAGAGGAGAAAAUGAAGAUAAUUACAGAGGAGUUCCUUGAAAACGAGGAAGAUGCCCCUGUGGAAGGACUGAAGAGUUCAAAACUCCCGAGACAAAAAAGAAAGAAACAGCCCCCAACUGGUGGUCCUGGAGAGAUGGUGUCCGGAAAAGCCCAGGAUGACAUCCAGGAGGAGCCCGUGAAGCAAGAGCCGGAGACCCAGCUCCUGAGCAUGAAAGCCGGGCGAGGCCCUCGGAACUUACCUCCAAUUCCUGCAUCUUCUAGAACGAGCUUUGCAGAAUUCUCCAUGAGGGAGCGCAUGCGGGAGAAACUACAAGCUGCCAGGUCUAAAGCAGAAAGUGCAUUGCUGCAGGAAAUUCCUACACCAAGACCCAGGCGUUUACGAAGUCCCAGUGAGAAAGAAUUGGAGACUGAAUUUGGCGUAGAGCCAAGUAAAGAGGCGCUAAGGACUCAGCAAGAAGAUGGCUCCCAAAGUUAUUCAAGAGUCAAGCAUCAUGAGUUUAUAAGAAAAAUCAAGACUAAACCUCUGGUUCCACCAGGCUUCCCUUCUGCGGAAGAUGCCUAUAACUUCUUUACUUUCAACUUUGAUCCUGACCCAGAGGAAUCAGAGGAGAAACCAAAAGCCACAGCUGCAGACAAAGAUACUCAGGAGGAAGAGGCAGGAGAGGAAGAAGAACCACCCAUGCAGGAAGGAGUAAACAAAACGGACGAAGAGGAGCUGCUCAGUGGUAAAGACGCUGAGGAAUUCCUGGUGGGUUUAGAUCAGACGGCUGCAGAUUUUGUGGAUGUGAGACCUGCCGAUUAUGAAAGUGUGCAUGUCCGGAUGCAGAGGGAAAAAGAGAUCCUGUUCAUUCCCAGUCGGUUCACAGUUCCCACCUAUAAAAAACUACCUGAGAAUGUGCAGCCCCGAUUCCCAGAAGAUGAAGGCCUUUACAUCGGGGAGAGACCAGAGGUGUCCCGCACCAACCAGAAUAUUGUGGAGAACAGAUUGCUGACACAAGAGCCCGAGAGAGGAUGGUUUGGAGACGAUGGUAGAAUCCUGGCACUGCCCAAUCCCAUCAAGCCGUUUCCCUCAAGACCACCAAUAUUAAAACAGGAGCAGGCUGUUCACGUGGAAUUGGAAAUGUUGUAUAAAAAGGCUGUAAACUAUGUCACUUGUAGUCAGCAUAUGAUUGGAGCUGGGGAGGCUCCUGGCAUUUUCCAACUGGACAUUGAUAUCUCAGGGUUAAUAUUCACCCACCAUCCCUGCUUCAGCCGAGAGCAUGUUUUGGCAUCUAAGCUGGCUCAACUAUAUGACCAGUACCUUGCAAGACGUCAGAGGAACAAGGCAAAAUUUCUUAACGAUAAGCUCCAAGCCCUGAGAAAUGCUGUUCAAACAGGCCUUCACCCAGAACAACCUCACAGGUCUCUUGAUACAACCCAGAAGGCUAUUCAUGAGUAUAAAGCUGAAAUUCGACAAACAAGAAAACUACGUGACGCAGAACAAGAGAAAGAUCGAACAUUGCUUAAGACCAUCAUAAAAGUGUGGAAAGAGAUGAAAUCCCUCCGAGAGUUCCAGAGGUUUACAAAUACUCCCUUGAAGCUUGUUUUGAGAAAGGAAAAGGUGGACCAGAAGGCAGAUGAUGAUGCCUAUGAAGCCGAAAUCCAAGUAGAAGUAAGUGAGUUGUUGGAGGAGCACCUGGAAGACUAUGAGCAGAAGAUGGAAGAGUACAGAAUGGCUUAUCAGCACUGGAAGGCUUGGAGGAAAGCCCAGAGGGCUAAGAAGAAGAAGAAGAAACAAGCCGUGGUAGAGCAUCCAGAUGAGGAGUCUGAGGAACCAUGUCCAGAGGCAGAGCCCUGCCCGGGGGAAGAACCUGUGAAACCCGUCCCUCCAGAGCUCACUGAGCAGGCAGUGAUAGAGCAGCAGGUCAGGGAGAGAGCAGCCCAGUGCCGGAGGAGGUCCGGGGAACCCGUGCUGGUCCCAGAGCUGAGCUUGGCAGGGAGCAUAACACCCAACGACCAAUGUCCCAGCAUCGUGUUUCUGCUGGUUUUUGUAGGCGUGCCUUUCUCAUUUGAAGCUGAUGGUAGUAAUCAACUGAUUCUAAUGACUUCAGGGAAAGUGUCCAACAGUGUGGCGUGGGCAGUUGGAGAACAUGGUGUCCCUCUAAGUCCUCCUCUGUCUCAGCAGAUCAUUGGAUUUCGGAGUGCUUUGAAGAGAGCAGACGCCAUCUCGUCUAUUGGCACAUCAGGACUGACGGACAUGAAAAAGUUGGCCAAGUGGGCAGCUGAGUCUAAGCUCGACCCGAAUGACCCCAACAACUCCCCUUUGAUGCAGCUGAUCUCGGUUGCUACCAGCGGUGAAGCCUAUGUUCCUGAUUUCUUUAGACUGGAGCAGCUGCAACAGGAAUUUAACUUUGUGUCAGAUGAGGAAUUAAAUAGAUCCAAACGAUUUAGGCUUCUUCAUCUUAGAAAUCAGGAAGUACCAGAGUUCCGAAAUUAUAAGCAAAUCCCAGUAUAUGACCGUGAAAUCCAGGAAAAAGUAUUCCAGGACUAUGAGAAACGGUUACGAGACCGAAAUGUAAUUGAAACCAAAGAUCACAUAGAUGCCCAUCGGGCUGUGGUAGCCAAGUACCUCCAGCAGGUUCGAGAAUCGGUGAUAAAUCGUUUCCAAAUUGCCAAACACCACUUCCUUCUUUCUGAUCUGAUCAUAGAAGAAGAAGUUCCUAAUAUCAGCAUUUUGGGCCUAAGCCUUUUCAAGCUGGCAGAACAAAAGCGACCACUGAGGCCGAGAAGGAAAGGGCGGAAGAAGGUGACAGCCCAAAACCUAUCUGAUGGAGACAUAAAGCUUCUGGUAAACAUCAUCCGGGCCUAUGACAUCCCUGUGAGGAAGCCCACAGCCAGCAAAUUCCACCAGCAGUCAAGGUCUUCACGGACUUUCAGUGAGAAAUGUGCUGCUUCCCCUGCCCCCCACAGUCCAACCCACGGUGUGGACUACCCCCUUGGCCAGGUUUUAGUGCGUCCUUUCGUCGAAGUUUCUUUUCAACGAACUAUUUGCCAUACAACUACAGCCGAAGGACCAAACCCCAGCUGGAAUGAAGAACUUGAACUUCCCUUCAGAGCCCCUAAUGGAGAUUACAGCAUGACCAGUCUGCAGUCAGUGAAGGAUGAUGUGUUCAUUCACGUUUUUGAUGAGAUACUCUAUGACGUGUUAGAGGAUGACCGCGAGAGACAAAGUGGAAUCCACACUCGCAUUGAGAGACACUGGCUGGGCUGUGUGAAAAUUCCGUUUAGCACAAUAUAUUUCCAAGCCCGGAUUGAUGGAACAUUUAAAAUCGACAUGCCCCCUGUUCUUCUGGGAUACAGCAAGGAACGAAACACAAUGAUAGAGCGAGGCUUUGAUUCUGCCCGAAGUCUCAGUGAAGGCUCCUACAUCACCCUGUUCAUCACCAUCGAGCCUCAGCUGGCUCCCGGAGAGACCAUUCGAGAAAAGUUUGAUUCUCAGGAAGAUGAGAAAUUGCUUCAAGCAACAGAGAAGUUUCAAGCUGAAUGUGCCUUAAAGUUUCCAAAUCGCCGAUGCCUUCCGACAGUCAUUGACAUCAGUGGAAAAACUGUGUUUAUUACACGUUAUCUCAAGUCUCUUAACCCGCCACAGGAACUCCUUGAUGUGUACCCCAACAGUCCCCAGGCAACUGCGGAACUGGUGGCUUGCUACGUGUCUUUGAUUCCUUUCUUGCCUGACGCUGUUUCAUUUGCCGGUGUCUGUGAUCUGUGGAGCACAUCUGAUCAAUUUCUUGAUCUCCUGGCAGGAGAUGAAGAAGAGCAUGCCGUACUGCUAUGUAACUAUUUUCUGUUCCUGGGUAAGAAGGUUUGGCUCAUGAUGGGUAACGCAAUCCCUGAGGGUCCAACUGUCUAUGUGUUGACUUGGGAGCAAAACCAUUAUUUAAUAUGGAAUCCCUCCAGUGGACAUUUUUAUGCACAAUACGAUACAUUCUGUCCAUUGAAAAGUGUGGGCUGUUUAAUAGGACCUGAUAACAUUUGGUUUAAUAUUCAACGAUAUGAUUCCCCUCUAAGGAUGAAUUUUGAUGUUACCAAACCCAAGCUAUGGAAAUCUUUUUUUUCAAGAAACCUUCCAUAUCCUGGCCUUUCUAGUGUACAGCCAGAAGAACUAAUUUACCAGCGCACGGACAAAGCAGCUGCAGCUGAGCUCCAAGACAGGAUUGAAAAAAUCCUCAAAGAGAAAAUCAUGGAGUGGAGGCCACGCCAUCUUACUCGGUGGAACAGAUACUGCACUUCCACUCUGCGUCACUUCCUUCCUGUGCUGGAGAGGAGCCAGGGAGACGAUGUGGAGGACAGCCACAGGGCAGAGCUGCUCAAACAGCUGGGGGACUAUCGGUUCUCUGGAUUUCCUCUUCACAUGCCCUACUCUGAAAUGAAGCCUUUAAUUGAAGCUGUGUACAGUACCGGAGUCCACAACAUUGAUGUUCCUAAUGUUGAAUUUGCUUUAGCAGUAUAUAUCCACCCAUACCCCAAAAAUGUUCUGUCUGUUUGGAUCUAUGUUGCCUCUCUUAUACGCAACAGGUAA